UAAGAAUUAUCGAAAAGAUCAAAAAGUCUUGACCACCCAAAGUGUAUCCAAAAGAGAGUUUUUACACUGAUUUUUCCAUCCACACUUGUCUAAACCUUCAUUUUCCUUCUCUGAAAAAAAAUGGCUGUUGAGGCUGUUGUCUCUGUGGUGAUACACAAUCUUACCAACUUACUAACCGGGGAAUCGGAAACAUUUAGAAAGGUUAAAGAUGAAGUAGAAAGGGUUAUUAUGGAGCUACAUGAGAUCCAAGGAAUUUUAAAUGAUGUCGAACACCAAGAACAAGGAGACAAGGUGCUUGCAGAUUGGGUGUUGCAGUUUCUGGACAAAGUAUACCAUGUAGAGGAGAGUGUAGAAUCUUUUUCUCUUGCAGAAACCUAUUUGAAAAAGAUGGGGUUUGUUAAGAAGCAUACUUCCGUCAUUGGAAAUGGGUUCAAGCUUUGCAGAGAAGUCCCAGAUGAUCAGAUGGUAUAUUCUGAGAAUGUUCGCAGACUCAAAUAUAAAAUGAACAAAAUUAGCAAAGAAAUUCAAGAAUGGAAAAAUGGAAGACCCUCAUUGGCUCCAGUGCCGUUUCAGAGUUCUAAUUCAACGCAUCGGCAUGAACAACCAUGGCAAGAGAGUGAUGCUUAUUAUGCACCAAAGAAAGAAGAAACUAUUUUCAAGAAAGACAUGGAAAAGUUGAUGAAGCAGUUAACAAGCAAUAGCAAACCACUUCAAAUCAUAUCAGUCUUUGGUGAAGUUGGCACAGGGAAAACAGCUCAUGUCAAGACAAUCUACAACAAGUUAGAGGUCAAGAACAAGUUUUCAUGCCGUGCAAUGGUAGUCCUGGCUGCAAAGUGCUCAGUUAGACAUCUUUUGAUGACUUUAUUGCAACAAGUUACAAGCUUGAAAGGCAAAGAGAAGCUAAAAGAAGAGGACCUGAUAAUGAAGCUGAACGAGUUCUUGAAGGAUCAAAAGUACCUGAUUGUCAUGAUUGAUGUCACAAGUGCUGAUCUCUUGAAACAAUUAAAAGGUGCCUUGCCAGAUUCGAACAAUGGAAGUAGGGUGGUGAUCACCACUCCGGAUGAAGAAGUUGCUUCAUUUCCAGGUGCAACAAGCCAUUAUCACUUCAAACCUUUAGACGUGGAGGACGGUUUAAAGUUUUUUACUAAAAAGAUAUGGGGACCAAAAGGAAUCCCAUUUCCAACUGAUGUCAUGGAGGAUCUGAAGAACAAAAUUGCAGAGAGAUGCAAAGGAACCCCUCUAAGAAUUAUAAUGCUUGCUGGUUUGCUAUCAACCAGGAAGGCGAUCUACGAAGAUUGGCUAAGUGUUUUUGAGCAACACAAUUUUGUUACAAAGUCCCCAUCGUAUGACAUUUUAGCCGUCUGUUACAAUGACCUUACGCUCCACUUGAAGCUCUGUUUUCUCUAUUUAGGGCUCUUUCGGAAAGGGUUUGAAAUACCUGUGAGAAGGCUGUUUCGGUUGUGGCUUGCUGAGGGUUUUGUGAAACCGGCAGAAGGGAUUAUUCUGGAGGACAUUGUAGAGGGAUAUCUGGAUGACCUUGUAAAGAGAAACAUGGUAGAAAUCACAAAAAGGAGAUCUGAUGAGAGUCCCAAGAAAUGCCGAAUGAUGGGUGUCCUACAUGACAUCUUUUUGCCCAGGGCUGUACAAAUAGGCCUCUUCCACCUCCACCAAAAAUCAGAUGAACAUUCAACAGUUUUAUCAGACCCUCAAUUUGGAGUUCGUCGGGUGAUUGAAUACACUAACAUUAAGGAAUACCCCACUUCAAAUGCCAUCAACCAUAAUUUAAGGUCCUACAUAUCCUUCAAUGGCCGAAAGAAAGAUACGCCUGCAGAAGAAGUCGGAAUUUUUUUAGAUAGAGUCAUUGGUUCUAGAGGCUUUGGAUUACUCAAGGUACUCGACUUAGAGGGCGUUUAUCGACCACAGCUACCAGAGAAUCUGGGGAACCUAUUUCACCUAAGAUAUUUAGGCUUGAGAUGGACUUUCUUGGAUACUCUUCCUUCUUCACUUAGCUCCCUACUUUACCUUGAAACACUUGACAUCAAGCACACACAUAUCACAACUCUCCCGAGUUCUAUAUGGAGCAUGAAGCAUCUCCGACAUCUUUGUCUGAAUGGAGCUCGUCUAGACAUACAGCUGCAAGCAACCAAACAUAGAGCUUUAACACAGCUCCAGACCCUAUGGGGUUUGUUUGUAGAUGAGAAGAUUGCAAAAAAGAUUGGUUUGACUUUGAGCAGAAUGACCAACCUUCGAAAACUUGAUCUGACCAGACAGACAUCCUCGAAAGAAUUAAAAACCACUGUCACGACAGCAACAACUACGAUGACUACGAAAAUAACCCAUAUAACUUCGUAUGAGGAAAUUAAUUUGUGGAUUGCAUCAUUGUCGAGCCUUCGAUCGUUAAGGUUAAGAUCCAAGAACAAAAUGGGUCGGCCAACGGAGCUCAUUGUCAAGCCUUUCUCAAAUUUGAAGAAUCUCUCUCAACUGUACUUGCUGGGAAGUUUACACAAUCCUAUUGAUUGGUACCAGAUCCCUCCUGGUAUCACGGUUCUUACUUUAUCAUUCUCGCAGCUAGACAAAGAUCCCAUGCCAACAUUAUCUCAGCUACCGAGCUUGAUAGUCCUCAGGCUUUUAGCUGCUUCAUAUGGAGGAAAAGAAAUGUAUUGUCCUACAAAUGGGUUCCCUUCCCUCCAAGUUCUGAAGGUGUGGAAACUUGAAAGUCUAAAAAUCUGGACUGCCGAUGAAGGAACAAUGCCGAAACUCCAUACCUUAGAAAUCAGGUGCUGUAGGGAGCUAGAGGAGCUUCCAUCAGCCUUGCUGCAGAUACAGACUUUUGACAACUUGAUCCUGACAAACAUGCCAAAGUCAUUUAUAUCUGCUACCAGAAAGAAAAAGAAGAAGCAUACUAAGAUUGUGGAAAAUGAGUAGGACUUCUGGACAGUAGAGAACGUUGUAAAGUCAAACUUUUCUUUCUUGUCCCGGGUUGAAAAACUUCCUUCACCCUGCAGUCAUCUAUCUUGGCUCAGUGCACUACUGUUAGAUGAACCUCUUGUAUCCAAGUUUCUUCAGUAAUCUUAAAGCCUUGUUCACCUGCUAUACUAAAAUAUCUAUCUAUUUUGGAUCUCUGUCUAUCUCAUAUUUCUAAAUGUGAAUAGACUUCUUCAAUUUGGGUUGUAUUCAAGUUUCAAUAAAGUAAAGCCCUGAUGAUAUUCAAUUUUGCA